AUGAAGUUCAAGCCCAACCAGACGCGGACCUAUGACCGCGAGGGCUUCAAGAAGCGGGCGGUGUGCCUGUGCUUCCGGAGCGAACAGGAGGACGAGGUGCUGUUGGUGAGCUGCCGUGGGUACCCAGACGAGUGGAUCGUCCCGGGAGGAGGAAUGGAGCCAGGGGAGGAGCCUGGUGGCGCUGCCACGCGGGAGGUUUAUGCAGAGGCUGGAGUCAGAGGAAAAGUAGGCAGACUCCUGGGCAUAUUUGAGCAGCACCAAGACCGAAAGCACAGAACACAUGUGUAUGUUCUUACUGUCACUGAAAUAUUAGAAGAUUGGGAAGAUUCUGUUCAUAUAGGAAGGAAGAGAGAAUGGUUCAAAGUAGAAGACGCCAUCAAAGUUCUCCAGUGUCAUAAGCCUGUACAUGCAGAGUAUCUGGAAAAACUAGAGCUGGGUUGUUCUCCAACCAAUGGAAAUUCCACAGUCCCUUCCAAAUUCCCUUCCAAAUAA